CAAUAAAGUCUCCAUAAGAAACUAUCAAUACCAAUAAAGUCUCCAUAAGAAACGAUCAAUACCAAUAAAGUCUCCAUAAGAAACUAUCAAGACCAAUAAAGUCUACAUAAGAAACUAUCAAUACCAAUAAAGUCUCCAUAAGAAACUAUCAAUACCAAUAAAGUCUCCACAAAAGUCCACAUUUUAGUGAAGGUUUAUAAAGUGCUACUUUAUUCAUUGUCUCUUAUUAAGAAGCCAAAACAACAACAACAAGCUGAACUGUCCUGUACGCGCUGCUCUGCCAACAGGCGCAUACACCCAGAAUCUCUUUGGUGCCCUCACAAACGUUUAGAAAUCACAAAUAUCCUUGACUUUAACAAGCAUAUUGCUACAAUAAUAAACAUCAAGAAAAGUCAAAACAAUUUACGCUGACAUGGCCAAAGAAGAAGCUCACAAGAAGAGAAAUGAGCAGACAGAAGAGGAAAGGGAGGAGCUGAAUGAGAGAUGAGUCUACUUUGGCAUCUUUUUCUCAUCACAAUUAAAAACUUGCUGUGUGUAAAAAAUGUUUACCCUGAGGCUAUUUGUCAUCUGCUGUUGUUUUCCUUGACGUUAGGCACUGCAAGCUUGAUCAGUCCGUACAUUCAUCACUAUGAGGAGAUCACCUACGACCAGCAGGACCUCCACAGGAAGCACCUGAGAGUCUGCAGAGAUGCACAACCUCACAGGAACCUUCUGGAGCUACACUUCACUGCUUUUCACAGAAAUUUCCGCCUGCGCCUGAGACGAGCCGCUAAGGACUUCUCCAGCGACUUCAAGGUGAUCAGCGAAGAUGGAGCGACCACACCCGACCUUUCCCACUUAUAUUCCGGCACACUGGAGGGUGAAGAUGGUUCGGCAUGUCACGGAUCUGUGCAUGAGGGCCAGUUUGAAGGCACCAUCCGGACCCUGGACGUCACGUAUCACGUAGAAGCGGCCCACAGAUACAACGCCAGUGAUCAUCACUCCAUAAUCUACCGUGAAGAAGACAUGGUCCUGCCUACAAGAGGAACUGGACUCCAUCCUGGAUUCUGUGGUGCAGAACAUCUCAACCUACUUGCUCAAAGCUUAAUACCCCAGCAGGAGGCGUCAGUGAGCCGCGGGCGGAGAAUGACAGAGGAGGCCAACAUCAGCUGCUUGCUGCACCUCACCACCGACCACCUCUACUUCAAGAAGUUUAAGUCGGUGAAGGCGGUCGUUGCUCAGGUGGCUUCAUACAUGCGUGCUGUCAAUGACGUGUACGACAAAGUGGAGUUUGAUGGAAUCAAGCUGAUCCACUUCAAACUGAAGUCCCUCACUGUGAUGAGCGAGGAGAAGAAGAAGGAUCCUCUGCAUCCUCUCUACAUCGGACCAGAGAAGCUGCUGAGUCUCUACUCGGAAAACAACUGGGGCAACUACUGCUUGUCCUACCUCUUCACCAACCGAGACUACAGCGGCGUGCUCGGCCUCGCUUGGGAGGGCAAGCCUGGUAACUCAGGAGGAAUCUGCUCCAAAUACACCACCCUGCAUGACGGCCGCAAGUCCACCCUCAACACAGGCCUGGUCACCAUUCAGAACUACGGACAGUUCCUGCCGCCCCGGCACGUCCAGCUGACCUUUGCUCACGAACUCGGACACAGCCUCGGCUCUCCGCACGAUGAAGGCUCAAAUUGUGGCAAGCUGGGCUCCUGGGGUGGACAGGGCAGGUACCUGAUGUUCCCACAGGCCACAGACCAGGUGAGGCCAAACAACGACAAGUUGUCCACCUGCAGCAUCCGACGCAUCAACGCCAUGCUGCGCCUCAAAAAGGACGACUGCUUUGUGGCCAGCGAUCAGCCCAUAUGUGGCAACCAGAUGUUGGAGGAGGGCGAGGAGUGCGACGUGGGUCACGAUGACUCGGACCCUUGUUGCUACAGCGCUAAAGAGGCAGUGGGGGUCCAGUGCCGCCUCAAGCCGGGCAAAACGUGCAGUCCCAGUCAGGGUCUGUGCUGCAGCCAGGACUGCAGGUACAAGGCAACAGGUGAAAGCUGUGAUGAGGAGACAGACUGUCAGGAGGAGGGGCUUUGUUCAGGUGUUUCCUCUCUGUGCCCGGAGCCACACCCCAAGGAGAACCUCACCGUCUGCAGUCAAGGGACACGCAUCUGCCUGAAAGGGGUGUGUGCGGCGUCCAUCUGCGUGAAACACCACUUGGAGCAGUGCGACUGUCCGGGUGACUCCAAGAAGGAGAAAUGCCACAUGUGCUGCCAACAGCUGGAUAAGCCUGAGACGUGUGCCAGCACCACCUCCUCCUUGUUGUCCCGUCACUUCCAGAGAAAGGCUUUACCCCUGGUGGGCGGGGCUCCGUGCAUGGCCAACCAAGGCUACUGCGACAAAUUCCACGUAUGCCGCCUGCUGGACGCCGACGGCCCCAUCGCCAGACUGAAGAACUCCUUCCUCAAUCUGGAGCACUUUGAGGACGUGGGAGAGUGGAUGAAGGCUCACUGGUGGCUCAUCCUGCUGGCCAUCCUCACACUGGCAGCCAUCAUGGGAAGCACCGUCUGCCUCUGUGGGAAAAGUCUGGACACCAGAACCCUGCAAUGACUCACUCACCUUUCAUUCAGGAAGUCUGGACACCAGAACCCUGCAAUGACUCACUCACCUUUCAUUCAGGAAGUGUGGACACCAGAAACCUGCAAUGACUCACUCACCUUUCAUUCAGGAAGUCUGGACACCAGAACCCUGCAAUGACUCACUCACCUUUAAUUCAGAUGACCCAUCAUGGAAUUGAUCCGGGAUCUUCACCAAUGACCUGAAGAUGGAACUAAUACACGUAACUUAACGUUCACUUGAACUUCCAAGCCAACAUUGUCACACUGCUUUUGUUACAGCCUGCAAGAGUCAAUAAAAUACAGAAGAAAUGAUCACAAUUCAUGUUAAGUGAAACAUCAAUUUGUAAUGAUUUAUAAUCUUCUAUUA